AUGGCCAAUAAUCGAAAGACGCUUAAUUGGGCAGUGUCACAAGGCGCUAAUGGAAUCGAGAGUGAUUUUCAAUUCAAUGAUGAUGGAAAUCCGACUAUUGUUGAGCACGGCGGUGGUAUCAUAUGUGACUGUAUAUGUCCCGUUGGAAAAAAUCAUAUUUGCCAUAAUGGACUUGGUGGACAAUGUCAAGGAUCCAAAGCUAGCAAUGACGCCGCAGCACACGUGCAGCAUGUUGCACGUCUUAAAGGUGUCGCUCUGUUUAUAGUCGACUCCAAAGUGGAAGCUAAAUGGGGAGGUCGACUUAUUAAAGCGGGAGCAGCUAUUGUUCCUUUUCUAGACAAAAAUCUCUUUAAAUAUGGUUACAAGGGAAAAGUCGUUAUUGGAACUUCAAAAAUGAAUACAUACGAUUAUAUUCAAGCUGCAGUUGUCGCAGCGAACAGUUCAACGAAUAGAGAAAGGUAUUUCUUCACAUUUGAUGGAGCAGGUGAUGAUUACAACGGUGCUAUGACAACUCUUUCUCGUUUAACAAACAAUCGUGUGUACGGAACUGGUAUUACUUCUUGUCUCGGAGAAACUUUUUAUGGUGCUAUUGAAGCUGCCGUUGCCGGUAAAAUGAAAGCCGAAAAUGGUUUGACUUACAUCUGGACUCUUGACAAAGAAUCUUCCAUGCAAAACUAUAUUAAUCGUGGUGUUCAAGGUAUUGUAACAAAUCGAGUCGGUCUAGCGAAAAAAGUAGCAAUUUCGAUGAAACUAACAAUGGCGAAACCCUCCACUCCAAUUCCUGUUUCAAAGUUUUCUGAAUCCUCCAUAGGCAAAUGUGAUUGCGACUAUCAUCCAGGUGGCUGUAUCAUCUCUUGGCCUGCACCAAGUGGGAAAGCGUGUCAAUGUACAUACAAACUACUCUGGACUUGUGAGGGUUCUCUCGUGGCCUGUGAUGCUUCUCUUCCAAAAUGUUCCAAGCCCGAUGAAUCCAAAGAAGCGUGUGAGCUUGGAAAAGGUGACUGUAAUGGGUAUUAA